GAAUCCCCCAGCGGCUCUAACGUGGUUUCCGUGUGGUCGCUGACAUUGUCAACAUGAGAUUUCAACACGUCGCGGCGGGUGACAGGCGGCGAUCGUCCAUUCCGCUGAAACGUGGCAUUGCACCUUUAAAGGUUCCUGAUUUGUGUUACCAUGGUGACGACAGGCAGGAACGCUGGAUGCACACGCGCACAGAGAGUUUGAACAAAGUUAGUUUGAUCAACUAAAGAAGCAGAAGAGUUCAAAUGAGUCAUGAGUUCAAAGGAGUCAUGAGUCUAUCCAAGCACAGCAGUGAUCAGCAGCUUUCAUGCCCUGUGAUGACAAGAGCACUUGACAGGAGUGCUGCAAUCUUUGAUCUGCUGAAUAAACGCCGAGAGGACGAGCAACUGAAAGUAGAGAUACAGGAGCGUGAACGGAAGUCGGAGAGUUUGCAAAAGCGCAUAGAUGAGCUGCAAAAGGACCACAGCAAAGCCCAGGAGUUACACUUGAGCUUUGACAUGUUCCUCAAGGAGGCAGAUGUUGAUAAGACUGUAAAGAAAGCAGAGAGGGAGAGGAGAGAGGCUCUUCAGAAGGACAAACAGAUAGAGACGUUAAAGGAGGAGAAGGCUGAACUGAUGCAGAAGAAGCACAAGCUGGACCAUCAGGUGCAGGGACACACUGUGUACCGGGACAUCAUGGAGCAGAUGGUGACAAUGACGAAGUUCAAAGAUGCAGAGUUGCUGGCGGAUAACUUGGAGAGUCAGCUGCACUUGAGAGAGCAGCUCUGUCAGAGGGAGAGAGAGGCAGAGGAGCAGGUUGAGCAGCAGAGAAAAGCUCUCGCAGCUCUGGACAACCAGCAGGACUUGAUGCAGCUGCAAAGGAGCAACCAGCUGUCCCAGCUCCAGGCCAGGCUGGACGAGACAAGCUCUGGAGCUCUGAUCUGGGAAAGGAAGUGGAACACCAUUCAGGAAACCGCUGCAAAGAAAAUACUCCUCCUGGGACAGAUGAAGAUGGCGACUCUCAACCUCUAUGAAACGACAGGUGGCAAAAUAGAAGGAGAAGAAGGUGUCGGGAUGAAUGACACCGAGAAACAGCUGGACAAGAUCAAGAUGUUCAUCCAGGACCAUCAGGACAUAGUGCAACUACAUCAAACUCCCUCACAGACACAACGAUGGACAGAAACGAAGAGUCAAAAAGUGCCUUUCAGCCCACUCGGAUAAUCUAAUCAUUUGCAUUUCAAUUUGAACUUAAACCUAAUAAUCAAUGCUGCUUUGAAACUGAUUUUACUGAACAAGCAUCACUACUUCAGGAUUCAUUCUAAGUUCAUCCAGUUGUUCUAAAGCAAAACUCUAUGAGUUAACUGAGCUUUAAACUUGAAGACAAUGAACUUCAAUGAAAUGAAGAAACUAAAGAAUGCAGCCAAAAACUGAAUAAUCAUUUGGACAAGGAUUCCCAGUUGGAUUUGCUUUGUAAUGACUGUAUAUUCAUCAUGUCAGAAAAAUAUCAGAGUCGGUGUAAUUAACCAGACAUUUUCAUUCCAGAGGUGGGAGCCUGCCUGAAUUAUGCUUUUAAUGGUUUUCAUUUGAAUUUAGAAUAAAGGAUAAUGUGGAUAAAA